UGAGUUUUUAUAUUGAAAAAAAAUUAAUUGUUCAUUUGACUUCCCUAAAAUUGCCAUUAUCCUCAUACGUGUCAGUGACUCUACUCUAUCCGUAAACAAUUUUACAUUCCUUCGAAGUUUGAAGGAGAAUCAACAAUGAUUUUUGGCAUAACAAAAACAAUAAACGACAUUCUAUAUGAAAUAACUGGAAAAAUCGAUAAUAAAACAAAAAUAAUAAGAAUUAAUACUGACGAUACGUGGACUAAUGGUGAUUUGUGGUUUCCCUCUAACCUUCUAGCCUGGAGGGGUUUGAUCAUACCAGAUAAUGACAACAAACCGAAAGACAUCUUGGAGUUGUACACAAAACGAAAAAAAAUAGAUAUUUCUGGUUUAUCCAAUGAGAGCAUCACACAAAAGGCGAUUGGUGCGUUGAUAGCAGCCAGUACAGACUGGGAAUUCAAAUUAGAGAGGGGAUGUCUCGACCGAGGACGAGUCUGCCUCUUUCUAAAUCGUCCUCUAGCCAUCGGGAAAAUAAUCAGAGACACAAUAAAACACCCAAUUCGAUUGAUCCAGGAGAAUAAGACAAUUUUUUUUUGUAUCAAUGCUGAUCCGACGUCAAGGCUUACAACUUUUCGACUUGAAAAAUUAAAAAGUGUCAUUGAAAAUAUCUUUAAACUUCAGGGGUACGAAAUAACAGACACUUCUUUAGAGAAAUAUUUGCUGACAACCAAAUCACAAGGUCCAAUUGAUGAUGGCUACAGAAAAUAUGUCUGUGGGGUGGUGAAAAACCCCAAGACGAAUGCUAAAGAAGUAUUGGAAACAAAAGACUCGUAUAUGCAGAGAAAAAUGAAAAUUCUCGAGGAGCUGAACGAGGGGAGGGAAUCAGAAGCGUUAAAUCACAAUGAAGUGAAGCUCCGAAGGGUUGCCGAGGCUAUCUUGACUUUUGAAAUGCUGGGGGUCAGACCCAGUCGCGCCAGUUUCAUCGAAAUCUCACGCAACCCUGAGCAAUCAAUUGCCAGCUCAAAGGGAGGAUCUUUCGUACUGUAUAAUGUGGCGAGAAUUGAAGCGAUUUUCCAGAAAUUCGAAAAGCAGUACAGAAUUGAGAAGUGGGAAGGAAUGGAGGAUGUUGAUCGAGUUGAUUUCGGGCAACUUUUGUCGCAAGAAGAGUGGGAACUCGCCUACAAUUUUGUCCUAGCCUAUCCACAAGUAUUGAGGAAUUCUGUGCUACACGGAGACGGUCUGGAGCUGUGUCCCCAGCUCCUCUGCACAUUUUUAUCUCAUUUCAGCCAGAAAUUCAGCAUUUAUUACCGUCGCACCCGAAUAUUAACGGAGGACCGGGAGCACCUGAUUCCAAUCAUGACAGCCCGAUUGUGGCUUCUAAAAGCCAUUCUAAUUGUUCUUCGUCAUGCUCUGGAGGUACUAGAUAUCACUCCAAUACGUCAAAUGUAAAUAAUAAAAAAAUAAAAAUAAAAAAAACUCACC